CACGUGGUGUAAACGCUGUCAGGACGUGGUUGUUUACCAACGUCAGUGUGCUUUAGCACGGCUAAUAUACGACGUGUUUAAGACACAGCGGAGGAUGGAAAUUGAAAACAGUCACGCAUAUUUCAUCGGGGACAUUGGCAGCUGGUCGGAGAGAACAGAGGUGCACAAAGCGGCCUACCUCGGCCAGGUCUCCCAGCUGCAGCACCUCAUUCAAAGCGGCGCUUCAGUCAAUGUGGUGGCAGUGGAUUCCAUCACACCCCUGCACGAGGCCUGCGUCCGUGGCCAGGCCCAGUGUGUGAGGCUGCUUCUGGAGGCGGGAGCCCAGGUGGAUGCGAGGAAUGUGGACGGCAGCACUCCGCUGUGUGAAGCGAGUUCAGCCGGAAGUCUGGAGUGUGUGAAAAUCUUGCUGGAUCACGGUGCCAAGGCCAACCCCGCUCUCACCUCACGCACAGCCUCACCUCUCCACGAGGCCUGCAUGGGAGGUAACUCGGACUGUGUUAAGCUCCUGGUUGCCACAGGAGCUUCUUUGGAGGCGUACGACCUUUACUAUGGCACCCCGCUACAUGUAGCUUGUGUGAACAAGAAGACAGACUGCGUUAAAGUGCUGCUUAAUGCAGGUGCUAAAGUGAAUUCUGCCAGGUUCCAUGAAACUCCACUGCACCACGCUGCUAAAAACAUGCAGCUGGGGAUGAUUGAGACGCUGGUGGUGUUCGGGGCCAACAUCCACGCCAGAGAUCAGCAGGACAGGAAACCAGUGGACUACACAACACCAGGAUCUCCCUCCGCCACCUGCCUCAAGUUCUAUGAGACCACUCCCAUGAGUCUGCAGCAGCUCAGCAGGCUGGCAGUGAGGAAGAGGCUGGGCACCAGUGCACUUAAGGUCAUAGGUCAGCUGGAGAUACCAAAACUCAUCAUCAGCUUCCUCUGCUAUCAGUGAGAGCUUCCUGGAGGAGGAGGAACGACGCUCAAAGAAAGACUGCAGGUUGACAGAGCUAACAAUAGGUUAGUGUCAAACACUGUCUUCUGACAAGCUUCUUAUUUAACACUCAGAUUUUAUUUGAAAGACUUGAAAGCAACAUUUCAAAGACAGAGCACAAGUCUUAAACUUUGUGCACUAUAUCUGCCUGUAAGAACUUUAUACAUUUGAUUCACAUGCACACUAACAAAUGUGAUACUAAUUAGGUUCAAGAAUCUACUUUCAUGCCAACAUGAAGCAUUUAUUAGCCUGUGCAGUUUUCAAUUACCUGGACUGGAACACUUCUUCAGUUCUGUGCCCAGAUCAGUCCAAUAAUGCACCGAUUCCCACGAUUCUCAUUUUAAAAUGAUUUCUGCAUGACUCACCAGAAUAUAUUAUAUGUUUCCUUUGGCUCUAACAGUAACAUGCUGGAUGCUUUUCCCUACUCGUAAAAAGCCACACCACAUGCUUUCAGCCAUUUUCUCUCACAACCUGAUUCUUCCUCUUUGUUGUAUUGUCUGUGUGAAGUGGAAAAAUAUGAUACAGGAUCUCUUCAGGUUGUAAAACCACUCAAUCACUGGGUUGUUUUUUUGUUUUGUUUUUUAAAACAUAUAAAUUGGACAGCUACGGUGCAGCUCAUGCGGAUUCAGAAUGAUGUUCACCACAAGCAGUGAGUGAUGGAAAGAUUGAAGUAGAACUUAGUUUUCAACAUAGUCUGAGGAAUCCAAUGUGACCUAAGCAAUGUAGUUGAAUAUACUUUGGCAAUAAAAAGCCUUAAAGCUUUGUUGAGUGACAGAGAUUACAUGUUUUUUAACAGAUGAAAGUAUUGCUUGACACUUUACUCUCUUAUGGCGCACCUGUACAAUUUUCCUAUUAUUAUUAUUAUUAUAAUAAUAAUAAUAAUAAGAAUAAUACAUUUAUAUUUAUAUAGCACUUUUACAGGUUACUCAAAUACACUUUACAUACUGUAUGUUUAAAUGUCAUAAAAUCCAACACAGGAAAAAAAAACACAAUUUCACACACAGAUAAAAUGUCCUUAGAUUUACAAAUUGAAGGCAGAGUGUUUUGAAUGUGGGAAGGUCACUGCAGUCACUGAUAUGUUUGAGAGAGAGUGCGGGGGCCGCAGAGAACGCUCUGUCUCAUGUACAUACAGUAUGUCAUAUUCUGUUGGUGGUCGUCACCAUCACAGUCAGUAAGUUUAAAUUAGUUUAGAAAAAGCUUGUAUGCUGUCAGUCUUUCUAAAACCAAACAUGUCAGUGAGACUGAAAUUGAAUUUAACUGAUUUUAUCAAAGUUGGACUAAAACUCCAAAAUAUGAUGCCAGUAAGAGUUCAAGCAUGUGACGUUCAACUGGAUCCCAAGUCCCAAGUAGUCAAAUGCGUAGCUCAACUAAACCAUCCAUACAUUUUCUACCACUUUAUCCUCCACAGGAGGGUCACAGGGGGGUGCUGUGCCAAUCUCAGCUGACAUAGGGCAGGGUACACCCUGGACAAAUCACCAGUCCAUGGCAGGGCCACAUAUAGAGACAAAUAACCAUUCACUCUCACUCCUACGGUCAAUUUAGAGUCUCCAAUUUAUCUAGUCCCCAUAUUGCAUGUUUUUGGACUGUGAGAGGAAGCCGGAGAACUUGGAGAAAACCUGCACACACAUGGGGAGAACAUGCAAACUCCAUGCAGUUCCGACCAGCUCUCAACUAAACCAAUGAAAGUAAAUUCAAAAACUCUUCUUUAAUCAUAUCCAGAGAAAAAAUUUUAAAAUAAAUGGAUACAAUGAUAAUAGUUAAAGAUCAAGCAAGAAGAUGUGGUGUGAGUGGUUACAAUAGAGAUGGCUGAAAAGCCUUCAACAGAGCAUAAAUUGUCAUAUUGCGUGACUCUGUUAAGCAAAAGACUUAAACAACAGAAUUGAAAUCAGGCUCAAAGGGGGUGCCAUCAUAAAAAGUUAAGCUUGGGUGGGUUUCAUUUAUUAGUUUUAGUUCUGAAGUUGUACUGUGCAAUAAUAGAAGAUAACUGACUGUUAACUGUUUGCUCUCACCACUGCUCCGGUUCGUCAGCAGCAGUCACUUUUUUGGGGCUAACCUGAUUUUGUUGGCAAACAAUCAACCAGCGUUUAAUGUUAACUAAUAAAUUGCAUCUGUAAAAGUCUUAAAAAGCAUUUAUCAACGUCUGACAUUCAGAUGAAUAUAAACAGGAGAGAACAGCGUGCUUCUAAUAUUAGAGUGCGUGAGCUCAGAGAAAUCGCAGAGCUUUUUUGGGCACUUUGGAACGCAAACAAAGAGAGACACUUAAAAAAAAGCAUAGUUAACCAGAGUCAUGUCAUUGUUUAAAGGAGUGGUCAUAUUCCAUGCUGCUGUAGUAUACACACUGAAGAACAAGCUGUAGAUGUGGAUGGACAUGAUAUGGAUGACGUAUGAUGAG